UCUGUAGUACCAAAACCUAAUUCCUAGUCGUGUUGUUUUGUUUCUUUGUCCUUUGUCUUUGUCUUUGUCUUUGACUUAGGGUUUUUCUUAUUCAUCCGUAUUUUGCUGGUGUGAUAGUAACCAACCACUCAACCGGCAAAGAUUCAUCAAAUACAAUGGAAGAAGCUCUGAUGGAUAUAGAUGACUGUUAUCAGGAGCAGAUCAAGCCUGAUACUCUUCCAUUUGCUAGAAGCUACCAACUUGAAGCAUUGGAUAAAGCAAUCCGCGAAAAUACUAUAGUUUACUUAGAGACUGGUUGUGGAAAGACUUUGAUAGCCAUCAUGCUUCUUCGAAGCUACGCUUAUCACCUCCGAAAGCCUUCUCCUUACAUUGCUGUUUUUUUGGUUCCCAAAGUUGUUUUGGUUUCUCAACAAGCUCAGGCUUUGAGAAAUCACACUGAUUUGAAAGUUGGAAUGUAUUGGGGAGACAUGGGUGUUGACUUCUGGGAUGGAGCUAUAUGGAAAGAACAAAUGGAGAAACAUGAGGUGCUUGUUAUGACUCCUGCAAUAUUGCUUUCUUGCUUGAGGCAUAGCUUUAUCAAACUGAAAAUGAUAAAGGUUUUAAUAAUGGAUGAAUGCCAUCAUGCUGAUGGUAGACAUCCAUAUGCUUGUAUCAUGACUGAAUUUUAUCACCAUCAAUUAAGAUCUGGUAUCACCGAGCUUCCUCGAAUUUUUGGGAUGACUGCAUCCCCAAUUAAGUCGAAAGCGGCAAAUUCUAAGUCGACCUUGUCGAAAAAUAUUCGGGAACUAAUGACUCUAAUGAAUUCAAAGGUUUAUACAUGUGUGAGUGAUGCUGUCAUCUCCAAAUUUAUACCAACGUCAACACCGAAAUUCCAGUUUUACAAUGAAAAUGUAAUUUCAUAUGCGCUAUUCGCAGAAUUAGCCAAUAAACUCAGCAGUUUAAAACAACAGCACGAGCUUUACGUCACAAGUUCAAAUUUCACAAAAGCAGCUGUUGACUCUGCACAGAAGAAAAUAGCAAAGAUUUAUACUCACUCAGUUUUUUGCUUGGAUGAGCUUGGUGUUUGGUUGGCUUUGAAGGCCGCAGAGUCUUUAUCAUCCAUUGAAAUUGAAACUUGGACACUGCAAAUAUCUUUGGGUAACUCAGGUGAUCAAAUUGUGAAAGAUUUUUGUUCGUCUGCUAUUCUAACACUGCAAAGUUACAUACCAUCUGAUCCUCAGUGGACUAUUGGUGACAAUAUGAAUUCCGAUAUGGAAAGGGGGCUAUUGACCUCCAAAGUGUGUUGUCUUAUGGACUGUCUACUUGAGUACAGGAGUUUUCCUGAUAUGAGAUGCAUAGUUUUUGUGGAAAGGGUCAUUACAGCUAUUGUCCUUGAGGUUCUUUUGAACACUUUGCUUCCGAAAUACAAUAGCUGGACGGCUAAAUUCAUUGCAGGAAACGGUAGUAAAUUACAAAACCAAUCAAGGAAAAAUCAAAAUCAAAUUGUGGAAGAUUUCCGUAUGGGAUUGGUCAACGUCAUUGUUGCGACAUCAAUUCUUGAGGAGGGUUUAGAUGUUCAAAGUUGCAAUUUGGUUAUUAGAUUUGACCCAUCUCCCACCGUGUGCAGUUUUGUACAGUCCCGUGGCCGUGCCAGAAUGCAAAAUUCAGAUUAUAUAUUGAUGGUUAAGAGUGGGGAUUCAGUUACACGUUCUCGAUUAGAGAAAUACCUUGAUGGUGUGGAAAUGAUGAGGAAGGAGUCGUUGCGUCAUUCUUCCCUUCCAUGUGAAAGUCUUGAAAGUGAUGAAUUUAAUGAGCAUGCUUAUCGUGUUGCAAGCACUGAAGCCGUUGUCAAUCUUAGUUCUAGCAUUACUUUGAUAUACUUGUAUUGCUCACGACUCCCAGCAGAUGGGUACUUUAAACCGACUCCAAGGUGGGACAAACAGACUGGAACGUUGUAUCUUCCUAAGAGUUGUCCUCUACAGGCUAUUAAUGUACAUGGUGACUCAAAGUUCUUAAAAAAUAUCGCAUGUCUUGAAGCAUGCAAAAAACUUCAUAUGAUUGGAGCUUUGACAGAUAAUCUUGUUCCUUCUAUAGUUGCUGAAGAAGCAGAGGUGGAGGACUUUGGGAAUGAACCAUAUGAUGAGGAACAACCAAGUUAUGUACCGCUUGAACUGGUGAAUCGUAUGUCAAACAAUAGUUGCACAAUAUACUAUUGUUAUUUAAUAGAGCUAAAACAAAAAUUUAGCUACGAUCUCACCGUGCAAGACAUUUUCCUUGCAACUAGAGUCAAGCUUGAUCUAGAAAGUGAAUGCAUGGAAUUUGACAUGUGUUUCGAUAGAGGUAGCUUGUCUGUAAACUUGAGAUACAAAGGAUCCAUUAAUCUCUCACCGGAUCAGGUUCUUUUGUGUAAAAGAUUCCAAGUUAAUGUCCUUGGAAUUCUUAUGAACCAUAAAACGGACAAGGAAACUGAUUCCGGCAAAUUCUGUUUGGAAGAUGAUCUUGAGAUUGAUUAUCUUCUGCUGCCAUCUAUUGCUAUAGAGGAAACACUAUCUGUUGAUUGGAUAACUAUUAAUUCCAUACAUCCAUCUAUAGUUAAGUGUCUGCAUCAUGAAGCCAAUAUAUGGACUGAAAAGGGUUUAGUAUGCCCUUGCAUAUUGCAAAAUGCUUUGAUUUCUACUCCUCAUAAUGGCCGUACCUACAUCACCACUGGCAUAAUGGAAUUGGAUGGAAAUUCACCUCUGGAAGUAGGGGAUGGAGAAGUAACUACGUACCAGAAGUACUUUGAACAAAAACAUGGCAUUCGAUUGCGUUUUGAACAUCAAAGCCUACUUAAAGCAAGACACGUUUUUCCAGUAAAGAAUUAUUGUCAUGGACAUAGGAAAGCGAAGGACAGAGAUGUGAGCAAGACCUUUGUUGAGUUACCUCCUGAACUUUGCUCUAUAAUCAUGUCACCAAUAUCAGUCAAAACUCUUUAUACAUUUUCAUUUAUUCCAUCGAUCAUGCAUAGACUUGAGUCAUUGCUUGUAGCUUUGAACUUUAAAAAGAUGCAUUUGAAUCAUUGUCCGCAGAACCGGAUUCAAACAUUCAAGGUCUUGGAAGCAAUGACCACAAAGUCAUGCAAGGAGACCUUUCAUUAUGAGUCUCUGGAGACACUAGGAGAUUCUUUUUUAAAAUAUGCUGUUAGUCAGCAGCUUUUUAAUAUGUAUGAAAAUCAUCACGAGGGUCUUCUUAGUGUGAAGAGGGAGAAGAUUAUUUGUAACGCUGCCCUCUGCAAGUUAGGUUGCGGUUCUAUGCUUCCGGGCUUCAUACGGAAUGAGCCUUUUGAUCCAAAGACCUGGAUCAUUCCUGGAGUUAAAUCAAGAUGUUUUAAAUUAGAAGAGACAGUUUUCAAGGGGACAAAAAUAUAUACUCGAGGGAAUAGAAAAUUGAAACGGAAAGUUGUUGCUGAUGUUGUUGAAGCACUAAUUGGGGCAUUCCUUAGCGCUGGUGGUGAGAUGGCUGCAUUGUUGUUUAUGGAUUGGGUUGGCAUCAAAGUGAAUUUGAAUAUUACACCCUAUGAGAGGCAAAUCAAUUCUUGUCCAGACAAUCUUCUUAAUGUCAGCUAUCUAGAAUCCCUCUUGAAGUACUCGUUUAGGGACCGUUCCCUGUUAGUAGAAGCUAUGACACACGGUUCUUACAUGCUGCCUGACGUGCCUAGAUGCUAUCAGAGACUUGAAUACUUAGGAGACUCGGUGUUGGAUUAUCUCAUUACUACACAUUUGUAUAAUGAAUAUCCUGGCAUGACACCUGGGCAGUUAACUGAUAUGCGGUCAGCUUCUGUGAAUAACGAUUGUUACGCAAUGUCUGCCAUUAAGGUUCAACUGCAUAAACAUGUACUCCAUGCCUCUCAGGAGUUACAUAAACAUAUUGCAGCUACCCUUGAUAAAUUUGACGAACAGUCUGCAUCACAAACUUUUGGAUGGGAGUCUGAGGCUUCAUUCCCCAAGGUACUUGGAGACAUCAUAGAGUCUCUAGCUGGUGCUAUACUUGUUGAUUCAGGAUACAACAAGGAGGUUGUGUGGCAAAGCAUAAGGCCUCUUUUGGAACCCCUUGUGACACCUGAUACAUUAACGAUCCAUCCGAUCAGAGAAUUAACAGAACUGUGCCAGAAAAUGGAUUAUACUAUGGAGAAGGACUUGUCCAGGAACGACGGCUUUAUUAGCUGUAGAAUUGAGGUAAAUGCAGAUGGUGUAAUUCAUCAAUACGAGUACAAAGGUUCUACCGACAAGAAAACAGCUACAAGACUAGCCUGCAAGGGAGUUUUGAAUUCCUUGCAGUUGAAGGAAACACUAGACCAGUGAUAUACUUGACUUGUGGAAUUGUAAAAACACAGGGCUGUAAUUUUUUAGCUGUGGUAUUAGGCUUUCUCCUUUCUAUGUGCAUCUUCUCUUUUUGUGCUGACAUUGUGAUUGUGAAUACAUGUUGAAUCAAUUUUAAUUUGGACUUGCAGAAAUUAUAAUGAGUUUGAGAUUCAGUUGUUUGAUAAGAAAAUAAAUU